UGAUCACAAGAUGAGCGAAAACGCGUUUCGUGAUAACCAGUCCGACGAUAGUGAAGAUGAGUUCGAUGACAGCGCCUUUACCGGACGUUCCGGAUUGAUUUUGGCGAUCGAUUGCGAUGAUAAGAUGUUUAACGAUAGUGAAAAGUUUAGAGAAGCUCUGGACAUUGUCGAGUCCAUUAUGCGUAACAAGGUAACUGCCCGUGAGAAAGAUUUGGUAGCAUUGGUUUUCUACAACACCAUGCAAAAUCCGGCACCGGAUGACGAUAUUGAUCAGCACUCGGGAAUUAUUGCGCCACGCCAUAGUGCCAUUUUCCUCCAUCUCACUACGGUUUCCAUCGAGAUGAUUCGGAAGGUACGGAGUAUGCUCAAAUCGGAUGAUUUUUUAGAUUUUGAUAACAAAUACGGCCACUCGAAGGAAGCCAGUCUGGCGAAUGUGUUUUGGAUGUGUUCUCGUAUGUUCUCGCACUGUGGCUACAAACUCGAGCAAUCCACGAUAUUUCUGUUCACAAUGAACGACCAUCCGCACACAAACAAUAGUCUUGAACAUCAACAAACGUUGACAAAGGCAAGGGAUCUACUGCAGAAGGAUAUAUCCGUUGUUCUGGUACCGAUGGUUGAAUCGUUCGAUUGCGGAAAGUUUUAUAAAGAACUUCUCUGCUCAGUUCAAGGAGCGGAUGAGAAUGACUUCAUUCCUCCCGUUUACCAACAAAGCAAAGAACAGCUUCUGCAACGAAUACUAACUAAAGAUUUUAAGAAGCGUUCGCUGGCGCACCUUAAAUGGUACCUCUCGGAGGAUGUUGCACUUUCGGUAAAUGUGUACUCUUUGUCAAGAACACCACGGUUCCCGAAAAAAGUGAAACUUUUACGUUCCACCAACGAGGUGAUAAUUUCGAAACGUGUUCAUGUUGCUAGCGGAUAUUGUGAAGAGCGAGAAGAGGAAACGUCUAAAACUCUUUUACCCGGUGAACAGAGAAAAUCCAUUCGAAUAGGAGGAGAAAUGGUAUCUUUCAAGCCGGAUGAACUAAUAAUGAUGAAACAGAUCCUCACUCCUGGCAUACGGCUGCUCGGUUUUAAACCUGUGUCCACCGUGAUUAUCACCAACCAUGUCCGCUGCAGCAUGUUUCUGUACCCAAACGAGACGCACAUCACGGGAUCAACCUUAUUGCUGCGUGCGCUUUAUGAAAAAUGCCUCGAGAAGGGUCAAGCCGCCUACUGCACUUUGACCAUGCGGAGGAAGCAAUCGCCAAAACUUGUUGCAUUAGUACCGCAGGAACAAGCCUUUGAUGAAAAUGGCUUACCACGCCGUUAUUCGGGAUUCCGGGUUGAGUUUGUUCCAUUUGCUGAUGACAUACGAAAUACACCUUACUUGGAUAAAGCAAAGUGUCCCACAAUUACAGACAGCCAAAUCGAUGUGUUCAAGAAGGUGAUAAAAAAGAUUAGGUUCAAGUACAAUCCGGUUUAUUUCGAAAAUCCGGCAUCACAAAGUCUAUACUCCAACAUUGAAUCGUUGGUGUUUGAUAUGGAAAAGGCUGAAUUCUUCGACUCAACCCACCCAGAUUACGAAACGAUCGACAGCAAGCUGGACCCAUUCGUAGACGAGAUUAAGAAUUUGUUCAGCGAAGACCCCACGAGCGCUCCGAAACGCAGCCGACUUGCAGACAACGAGGAAAGCGCAUCGAAAGCAAAGGCUUCGCGCGUGGAUCGUACUCCUCUUAGUGAUGCAGAAUUAGUUGAAAUGGUCUCGCAAGGAAAGGCAUCCAGCUUGACGGUGGCGACAUUGAAAGAAUUCCUUCAGAAACAAGGUGUCGGUGAAGUUUCAAAACUGAGAACGAAGGCAAUGUUGAUUGCAAAGAUAACCGAGUUGCAAGCCUCGUAACUAUGUUUUCCUAGCUCUGGCAUACGAGUUAUCACACGAUAAAAGAAUGCUACCGGUUUGCCCUGUUGACGCUCCGAGUUUUUCUUUGUUAACAAUAACUAUAUGUUUUGAAAUGAAAAACGAAAACUAUUUAA